GGAGUCUCACUGUGUCACCCAGGCUGGAGUGCAGGGUCGCGAUCUCAGCUCACUGCAACCUCUGCCUCCCAGUAGAGACGGGGUGUCACCAUAUUGGCCAGGCUGGUCCCGAACUCCUGACCUCGUGAUCCACCCGCCUUGGCCUCCCAAAGUGCUGGGCUUACACACCUGAGCCACCGCGCCUGGCCAUAAAACUGCUUUUUCUACCACUAUAUAAACUGAAGAACUUCGGGCAAACAAAAGUUGAAAAAUCAAUAACCCAAGAUGAUUAACCAAAUCAAUAUGCUGGGCAGGAUGUGACAUCAGUGUCUGCCUCAGACAGAAGAGCACACACAAAACAUGACCUCUCACUCCAAGCCCAGUUACAGCAGAAAGUUUUCAUGGAGAAAUGGAAUCACACUUCAAAUGAUUUCAUUUUGUUGGGUCUGCUUCCCCCAAAUCAAACUGGAAUAUUUCUCUUGUGCCUUAUCAUCCUCAUAUUCUUUCUGACCUCGGUGGGUAACUCGGCCGUGAUUCACCUCAUCCACGUGGAUCAUCGUCUCCACACACCGAUGUACUUCCUUCUCAGCCAGCUCUCCCUCAUGGACCUGAUGUACAUCUCCACCACCGUCCCCAAGAUGGCGUACAACUUCCUGUCCGGCCAGAAAGGCAUCUCCUUCCUGGGAUGUGGUGUGCAAAGCUUCUUCUUCCUGACCAUGGCGUGUUCUGAAGGCUUGCUCCUGGCCUCCAUGGCCUACGACCGUUAUUUGGCCAUCUGCCACCCUCUCCAUUAUCCUAUCCGCAUGAGUAAAACGAUGUGUGUGAAGAUGAUCGUAGGCUCUUGGACACUAGGUUCCAUCAACUCCUUGGCACACACAGCCUUUGCCCUCCAUAUUCCCUACUGCAGGACUAGGGCCAUUGACCAUUUCUUCUGCGAUGUCCCAGCCAUGUUGCUUAUUGCCUGUACAGAUACUUGGGUCUAUGAAUAUAUGGUUUUUUUAAGUACAAGCCUCUAUCUCCUUUUCCCUUUCAUUGGCAUCACUUCUUCCUAUGGCCGAGUCCUAUUUGCUGUCUAUCAUAUGAGCUCAAAGGAGGGAAGAAACAAGGCCUUCACCACCAUUUCAACACAUUUAACUGUAGUGAUCUUUUACUAUACACCUUUUGUCUACACCUAUCUUCGGCCCAGGAAUCUCCGCUCACCAGCUGAAGACAAGAUCCUGGCAGUCUUCUACACCAUCCUUACCCCCAUGCUCAAUCCCAUUAUCUACAGCCUGAGGAAUAAGGAAGUCCUGGGGGCCAUGAGGAGAGUGUUUGGGAUAUUCUCUUUCCUGAAAGAAUAAUCAUGGCCAUCCCCACUCCCUUUGUAUUUCCUCUUUCCAAGUUGAUUCGAACACCCUAGAGCAGGGCUGUCCAAUAGAAAUACAACGUAAUUUAAAAUUUUCUAAUAGGUACAUUUAAGCAGUCAAAUUUAAAUAAUAUAUUUAAUUCAAAACAAUGUUAUCAUUAAUAUUAAUAUUAACAACAUUGAUGUUAAUUACAUAGCAUACUAUUUCAAUAAAUUAUAUGCAAUAUAUUAUAGUACAUGUUUGUACAUGUUACUAUUAACUUGAUAAUGUUUAUACUUAUAUAUUUACAUAGAAUUUCUUCAUGUAAUAAUACAAAUUUGUUAAUAUUGCCUUUUACUCUGUUUGCAUUCUAAGUCUUCAAAGUCUUGUGUUUGUUUUAUAGAGUGCAGUGCAGCUUGGACAAAACACAUUUCAAGUGCCCAGUAGUCAGUGUCUAUAGUGUUGGACAGCACAGCGUUAGAGCAUCCCCAAUCAAUAGUUUUCAGAAGUUAUAUAUGCGUGUGUAUGUGCAUGUAUGGUGUAUACAAACAUAUUUCUGUUAUAUACAAUAUUGCUGAUGAACUGAAAAUUAACAAGUAAAAUGCACAUGCUAAGGUAGUGUUUAUGUGUUUCUUUAUCUGUUGGCUCAUUUUUAGCAUAUGCAUAUUUAUUGUAAUUAACAUUUGAAGUCCAGUUUAUCCUAACUCCUUUAAUAAAACUAUUCAGGGAGAGCU